CUGAGGGGAGCGAUGAGGGAGGCGCUGCGCGGACGCUCGGGCAACCAGCCGGCCCCAGUCAGCCCUCUCCGUCCCGCUGCCCCCUCCAUGGCGCCGCCCGGGCACACCUGGUCCCACACCCGCGCCGCGCUGGGGCGGCUGGAGAAGGCACUGAGCUGCUCCCGCUGCGCCGGUGUCCUGCGGGAGCCCGUGUCCCUGGGGGGGCAGUGCGAGCACGUCUUCUGCCUGUCCUGCGUGGGUGACAGCGUUGGCAGCGGGUGCCCCGUGUGCCACGUGCCAGCCUGGGUGCAGGACGCGCAGAUCAACCGGCAGCUGGAUAACAUGAUCCAGCUGUGCAGCCAGCUGCGGCAGCUCCUGAGCACCCACACCGCAGGUUCAGCAGAGGAGACAUCCACACCCCCUGAGUCAGAGCUGGAGAAGAAGAGCAAGAAGGAGCAGAUAAAAAUGUGGUUCAGCCCCAGGAGCAGGAAGAUUCGAUGUGUUGUGAACAGGAGUCAGGCUGGCACUAAAAGCACUAACCUUGCUCAAGACACAUCUUCAGUUUAUGAUUUCUUUCCUUCCCCUCCUCAUGAAAAGCCCUCUAAGCCAACAAAAAAAGCAACUCAGAGGCAGAUGAAGAAGAUGAAGAAGAAACACCUAGCAGACAUUAACAAAGUGUGGAGCUUAGAGAAACCUGAGCAGAAAAAAGCUGAGAAGGCUCCCAAGGAGAAGUGUGUGACCAUCUGCAGUCAGCCAGUAGUGCUGUGCACUCAGGAACCAGAGUCUCCUGAGCACAGACCCCAGCAGGAGCCUGUCAAGGAAGCUGACUCCAGCAGCAAUGCAGAAGAUGUGGAAGUUCUACCACAGGUGGAAUCCCCAAAGAAGGAUAACAGUGAGGUUGUGUGCUCUGCAGCAGAGAGCAAGGAAACACAUGGUGCUGCAGAGACACUGCUGUCAGGAGCAAAUGAAGUGACACCCUUGAAACGUGGCAGGGAGCAGUGCAGGCUGCAGGGAACUCCUCAGUCCAAGAGAGCAAGGAGAAGUGAGAGGGGCAUUCCUGGCCAGGCAGGCAGGCAGGCUGCUGCCUCAGAGCAGUCUCUGCAGGGCUCCCCCGUCUCCCCAGCCCACAUUUCCUCCUCUGCAGCCAAACUCACUGGCACUGCAAUGAAGACAAGAUCUGCAGCCCUUCAAGUCACAAACAGUCCUUCACUUUCAGAGUCUCCCUCUACCCCAUCCACUUCCAAGAGUUGCAGUCAAGGAGCAACACCACUCAGUCCUUCUGUGGUGAAAUCCCCUGCUGUCAACUCCAUUGCCAGAAGGAAUUACAAGGGAGAGACUUUGCUCCAUGUUGCUUCCAUCAAGGGUGACUUAGCAGCUGUGGAGGAGCUGCUGAAAAACGGGGCAGAUCCCAAUGUCAAAGAUAAUGCUGGCUGGACACCACUGCACGAGGCGUGCAACCACGGGCACAGCGAGGUGGUGCAGCUGCUGCUGCGGCACCGGGCGCUGGUGAACACCACGGGCUACCAGAACGACUCGCCGCUGCACGACGCCGCCAGGAACGGCCACCUGGCCGUGGUGGAGCUGCUGCUGCUGCACGGCGCCUCCCGCCACGCCGUUAAUAUAUUUGGUCUGCGGCCUGUGGACUAUGCAGAAAGCAAAAAGAUGAAAUCUCUGCUCAUGUUACCAGUGGAGAAUGAAUCAUUUUCACUCACCCAGCCCUCUGAGGUGCUGAGCUCCAGCCAGCCAAGAAAUGGACCCCUUGGUAUACUGGGGAGCAAUCUUAGUGUGGAGCAGCAGAAAUUGCUGAACAAAUUAGCAGCAGUCCUGAAGGCCCAGAGGUGCACUGAAUUUAACAGCAGAGUAACUCACCUCGUUAUCCCUGAUGUUCCAAUGCCAACCACUGUCAAGUGCAUGAUGGCUGUUCUGGCUGGAUGUUGGGUCCUCAAGUUUGAAUGGGUGCAAGCCUGCCUGCAGAGCUCAGCUCGAGAACAAGAGGAGGAGUACGAAGUGCAAGGUGGCCCCCGGCGCGGGCGGCUCAACAGGGAGCAGCUGCUGCCUAAGUUAUUUGAUGGAUGCUACUUCUAUUUUAUGGGACCUUUCAAACAGCAGCAGAAGAGUGAGCUGCUGGAGCUGGUGAAAGCAGCAGGUGGCCAGGUGCUGGUCAGGCAGCCCAAACCAGACAGUGACGUGACCCAGACCAUCAACACCGUGUCCUACCACGCCGAGCCCACCUCUGACCAGAGGCUCUGCACACACUACGUCAUCUAUGACGCGGCUUCCAAGUUCCAGCCGCAGAAAAUCCGCCAGGGCAAGGUGUGGAUGGCCCCCUCCAGCUGGCUCAUAGACUGUGUGAUGGCAUUUCAGCUCCUGCCUGUGAAGGGAAUAUCAAACAGCAGCAAGGAUGUCAAAUGGGCUCGGUCUGGGGCAGCUGGGAAGCUCUGACAGGCUGCUCUGAAGCUGGGAUUUCUGGUUUGGAUUCAGGAGAGCUUUGAGCGUUUCAGUGAGUUACUGAGUGACUGCUAUGCUGGAACAUACAAUGGAGGAAAGGGUUGAAAAAUGUGCCUUGGCUUAUUUGAUAUGCUUUAUUUUGACAUUGAACUUAAUAAAUGCUUAAUAAAUAAUCACUGACAUUUCCUAACUGGGAUUUUGCAAAAUGAAACCUUUUGCUUUCUUGAUUUGAACCAGCCCUUUGUGGGCAAUUGAGCUUGACUCCAUUUAUGUUGUGUUUAGCAUCCAUUGAUAAGGAUCUGCUGUUUUCCCAGGCCAGAAAUAGUAUUUUUUUUUUUAAAAAAGGACUCAAUGGAUCUGAACCUGUGCAGACACGUCAGGUGACAUUUAUUAUAACUUCUUACAUUUGAAUUCUUAGCAUGGGAUAUUUACAUCUGUAAAUUCUUAGCAUGGGAUAAGUCUUGUGGAAAUCAGAGUUAAAUAAAUGACAUGAAUUCAUCUGGAAGCAGACACUUUUGAGAACACUGUAUUUAAAUAUCUUGGUCUAAAAUUUACUUAAUUGUAACAAGGUUCAUGCUUUACUCACUUCUGCCCUCAUUCAUGCUUGUAAACAUGUAACUAGAAUUCAGUUCUAUUUUCUGAAGGCUUUUAAGCAUGAGGUACUUAUUUAAUUAUUAUAGUAAAUUUUUUGUAAAUUUGGAUAGUUGCUCUCAUAAGAAAGAAAAAGAACAAAACAGUGAUCACAAAAGAAUUGCUUCCCUUUGCACCAUUGUCCCUAAACAGCUGGCUACACUGGAUGAAUGUUUGAUUAUUUCCUAUUUGUUACAAUAUUUCUUGUAAUGGCUCUUAAGUUAUUAUCAAAAUCUUGUGCCCUCACUCUGUGCUCCUAUGUAAUGUUUUGUAUCUUAGCUUGUGAAUUUGCAAUUGAGAAAUGGUGUCCUGGAAUGAUACACAAUAAGAAUGAUGGUUGUGGGCUAGUACACAAGUUAUGUGUGUUUGUUUUUGUAUUGUUUGUAAUAUUGAAACUUUUUUGUGUGCAGUAAAUUUGGAGCAUCUGUUGCAUGAGCUUGGCUGCAGAAUAAGUGCAUAUCCCAUACAUAUCUCAACAGGUAGAUGAAAACACUUUUUUGUGAGCUCAGUACAGCUGUGAAGAUGCUGUGUGACACCAAGAGCUGCUUUUGCAGAGGAGGAGAGCUGUUCUCUGUUUCCAUUGCUGCUGGAG